GCAUCCACAAAGUAGCAGAAUGAAAUGCAAUUUGGCGUAUAAAGGAAAUACCGUAUAUUUUGAAUCGAUGGAGAAGAGCGAAAUAACUCGAGAAGACUAUGAGAAACUCAAACUAGAGAUUUCAAGAAUCGAAGCUGAGAGAGCAAGGUUACAAACAGAGAAGGAAAUCUUGUUAUAUAACAUAUCUGUUUUAUUCCGGACUGCAAGAGAAGAAAUAAAGAGAAAGGACUCCACAAUAACUAGUCUGCGGAAAUCUUUGGAGAAAUAUGAACGACCUUCUUGUCAAUAAUAAUAAUAAUAAUAAUAAUAAUACUUCUCAUAAACGAACACUUGGCGGUCCAUACGAAUUGUUUAU